ACGCAUUAGUACAACGUUCAAAGAAUCCACAGUUUCGUCCUGUUACCUUCGCCUGAUCCGUUCAGUGUUCCUUGUCGUUCUCCCGGACAAGGUUCCAAUUGCUAAUGAACGAAUCAGACCAUUUUGAAAAAAGAAUCAUGAUAUAGGACGGUGUCGCACUGGCAAUCGGCCUCCUGGCUUUGCUUGCAAUCACGCGAAGAACGGCGUCAACCCACAGGAAGAACCUGCCUCCCGGUCCUACUCCGAUCCCUUUUCUUAGAAAUGUAUUUGAUAUCAAAGUCGAUGCGCCUUGGAUUUGAUACACCCAGAUGCGUGAGAUUUAUGGUGAUAUCAUAUAUACCCGUGUCCUGAACAUGGAGAUCAUUGUUUUAAAUUCCGAGGAAGUUGCAGAUGAAUUACUUGAAAAACGAUCUCGAGUCUACUCUGACCGACCAUACAUGGCUACGAGCGACUUAUUCGGCUGGGAGUGGUCCACACCGCUGGCAAGAUACGAUGAAAGGUUCAGAAUCCAUAGGCGCCUUUACCAUCAAGUCCUUCGAUCGGAAACAGCUUUAAAAUACUGCCCGAGGCAAUUGCGGAAAGCAUAUAAAAUGCUCACGCACAUUCUUCAUAAUCCUGCAAACUAUGCUGGCCACUUUGAAGUGUUUGCGGCAUCAGUCAUAAUGUCAGUUGUAUACGACCACAACAUUACAUCGCGCGAUGAUAUCGUCCUGAAGCGUGCAAUGGAUUUAUUCGUACUAAAGGUUGCAACCCCAGAAAAGGCAGCUUUAUUAUGUGCAUUUCCGUUCUGCAAGUGCCUUAUAGCCUAUUGCAAUCGAGCCAAACAAUAUAGUAGCAUUUAUGCGCGGUUUAUUCGUGGUAGCGAAGAAGUUGCCUUCGUGGGUCCCUGGCCUAGGUCUGAAAGACGCAAUGCUAUCGAAGCAGUAUGUUAAGGAUGUGCUUGACAUGCCAUAUCACCAUGUCAGCUACAACAUGGCAAAUGGAUCUACUCAGGCGUCCAUGGUUUCGGACGCGAUGGAAAGAUAUCACAUAUCAGAAGACGUAGAUAACCCGGAGAUGGUGACAGAGAUCAAAGCCUCUGCUGCUUCUGCUUAUGCUGCUUCUGUAGAGACCGUAUGUCUGAUUUACAUCAAGCGUUUAUUCAAAGACAGCUC